AUGACGCAAGACGGUCAGCGCCAAGGUGGCAGCCGUUCACGUCGUCGCCGUGGUCACUCCGGUGGUGGCAAGGGGCGCCGGCGCACACGUCCGCCCCGUGUGACACGUCAUCACCGUGAGCACCGGCUUGACGAGGCUCUGGACGCCAUGCAUGCUGUCCAGCGUAGCGAGCCGGGCAACCGCAAGGUUGUGGCCAAGGCACGUCGUCGUGUGGGGAGGAUCAACUCCUCCAUUUCGCAGCAACGCCUCCGCCACCUCUUCGAGACUUCGGAGAAGGUGUGUGUUGAGAGCAUCCUGGCGACGGCUCGGUCCAAGCGCGAGGCAGACGGGGCUGCGGCUACGCCAGCCAGCACCUCUGCGCCUCCGCCGGACUGUGUGGACGUGGAAGAAGGCACCUGCCCCAUUCCAGGGGAGAGCCUGCACCGGUUCUUCACCGGGGUGAACACCCCGGUGGGUGCCUUCGACCCUAUGGCGCCAGUUGGAGCCUCGUUCCGCGCGGCCAUGGACCGCCUGCCUCCGGCGACAGUUGACAUGGCGCUGCUCACGGAUGCGCCGUCUUCGCAUGAGAUCGAGGACCAAGUGCAGCGUGCGCGUGGCAGUUCAAGCCCUGGCUUGGACGGUGUCGGCUAUGACAUCUUCAAGAUGUUCACGGCCCAGCUUCUGCCCGCCCUGCAUGCGGCGUUCGCGCGCUGCUGGCAGUCCAAGCGUGUGCCGCAGAGCUGGAAGGUUGGCGUGGUGCGCCUGCUGCACAAGAAGGGCGAUCGGCUCGACCCAUCCAAUUGGCGGCCGAUCUGCUUGCAGCAGGCCAUCUACAAGUUGUACGCCGGUGUCUUGUCGCGUCGCUUUACGCGCUGGCUCGACGUCAACGGCCGCCACGCCGACGCGCAGAAGGGCUUUCGAGCCAUGAACGGCUGCGGGGAGCACAACUUCCUCGCAGCCAUGCUCGUCGACCAAGCCCGGCGCAAGCAUCAAGAGUUGCAUGUCGUGUGGUACGACUUUGCCAACGCUUUUGGUAGCGUGCCACACGACUUGCUAUGGGAAGCGCUACAACGGCAGGGUGUUCCGCCCGAGUUUGUCGCUUGUUGCCGUGGUCUCUACGCAGACGCAGCGUUUACAAUUGGUAACGCUGUGGAUGGGACCACGGCGCCGAUCGCGUUGAAGGUGGGGGUGUUUCAAGGCUGCCCACUCAGCCCCCACCUCUUCACCGCCGCGAUCGCCCCGCUGCUUCACGCGCUCAAGUCGCUGCCGGACACUGGCGUGAAGAUGUCAAGCGAAGACCGUCCCGGUGCUGCUGCUUACGCCGACGACUUGAAGACAUUCAGCAGCACCGUGGACGGCAUCAAGCGUCAACACUCGGUGGUGCAAGACUUCCUGCGCUGGACUGGCAUGAAGGCGAACCCGCUGAAGUGCAGCACCAUGUCAGUCCAGCGGGAUGUGCGUGGUCUCCACCAGACCAGCGACCUCGGGCUGCAGCUGGACGGCACCCCGAUCCCCGCGCUCAGCGCCUCCGACUCUUACCAGUACUUGGGGAUCGGGGAUGGCUUCGACCAUGUGCGCCGUCGCGUAGAGCUGGGACCAGCUCUCACCCAGCUCAAGCAUGAUGCGACGGCGCUGCUGCAGUCCGGGCUGGCGCCGUGGCAGGUGGUCAAGGCGGUCAAGGUGUACCUGUACCCGCGCGUCGAGUACGCCCUCCGGCACCUGCGACCGUUCGCACAGCAGCUGGAGGGCUUCGACCGCCACCUUGUUCGCGGCCUGCGCCACCUGCUGCGGCUGCCCACUAACGCCACGACGGCGUUUCUUCUACGCUCCUGUUUCUCGUGGAGGUUUGGGGCUUCUGCCCGCAUUGCCCGCCAGCAGCUCCGUCAGAUUGCAGAGGCCCGCUACAAGUUGGAUGUCGUGGUGUGGAAGGACCGUGAGGAGGAGCUGGGCGAGCUCCUUCUCAACAGCAAGCUGGGGGCGUCGGACCCAGCGCCGCCCAAGCGACGGAAUGCGGACAUUGGGUCGCUGUGGUUCGACGUCCGUGGUCACCUUCACCGCUUCGGCCUCAAGUUCGAGAUGGCUCCAGCGGUGGAGGAGACAGGGACCCCGGCGCAAAGGUUGCAGCUUCGCGUGCCCCACCACGAUGGUUGGUUGGACCAUAGGGAUGUCCUUCGGCACGUGAAGCUGCACCUCAAGACCAGGCACUGGCAGCGAUGGGCCGCGAUGACGGAUCAAGGCAAGGCUGCUCGCACCCUUGGUGGUGCUGGGAGCGCCUUCCUUUCGCGGCCCCGAGGGCUUUGGGAGAGCGACUACCGCUUCGCGGUGGGUGGUCGUCUCAACCAGCUCGACACGCACAGUGUCCUCAAGCGCCGGCGUCUUCGGGCGCAUGACAAGUGUCGGAUUCCCUAG